UUUGUGAUCUGCCGCCAGUGCCGCUUUGGCUGAAUUUACAUUUUACUGCAUUUUACUUUCAAUUUCAAUUUCUCUGCCUACAUUAUAGUCUUUUAUUUGUUCUAGUAUUUAAAUUAAUUCAUCAAUUUUAAUUAGUAACGCCUUUGAUUACAUAAAUUAUACGACACUUCAUCACAAACAUGGUUGAUGUACCAGAAGUAAGCACAACCUCACCAUCUGAGCUGAUAGCGGCAGGAAGGAGACAUCUUGCCGUCAAAGACUACCAUGCAGCUACUGAAGCCUUGGCCACAGCAUGUGAACAGCUAGCCAAGGAACACGGAGAAUUGGCAGAUGAAUGUGCUGAAGCUUAUUUGUGGUAUGGUCAAGCUCUACUAGGGUUAUCAAGGGAAGAAAAUGGCGUGCUGGGUGAUGGAAUGCCAGGAACUAAUAAUGCUGAUGAAGACGAUGAAGAAAAUGAAGAAGAUGAAGAAGAGAAUGGAGAUGAAAAAGAAAAUGGGGAUGAAAAAGAUAGUGGUGAAGAAGAGAAAGCAGACGACAAUGGAGAAGAGAAGAAGGCAGAAAUAGUGGAGAAAAUUGAAGCUGAAUCCACCACAGAAGAUGCCGAACCAGGACCCAGUGAGGAUAAUGCGGAUGAACAACCGGGCACGUCAAAUGGAGAGACUCAUGAUGAGUCUGUUGUGGAUCUGGAAAACAAAGACGAAAUAGAUAAUUUACAGCUGGCCUGGGAAAUGCUCGACCUGGCUCGUAACAUCCUGGAGAAGCGUGCUGAGGGUUCAGCGGCCACCGAGACAAAGGCACUGCUGGCUGAUGUCCACCUGUACCUCGGGGAGGUGGCGCUCGAGAGUGAAACAUAUGACAAAGCGGUCACUGAUAUGUUGACAUGCCUGGAGAUUCAGAAAGAUCUGUAUGGACUUGAUAACAGAAGAAUUGCUGAGACUCAUUAUCAAAUUGGACUCGCCAAUUCUCUCGCUUCCAACUUCGAAGACGCGAUCUUACAUUUCAAGAACGCAGCAAACAUUCUGGAAACGAGAAUCAAGACUUUGGAGAGUCCCAACGUUGCCACCGAAGAUGUGUCCGUCAAGAAGUACUCCGCAAACGAUCCACUCUACUCCAUUGAUGGUGAAAUCAAGGAACUGAAGAGUCUACUGCCUGAGAUCCAAGAGAAGAUUCAGGAUAUGAUGGACUACAAGGCUGAGACAAAGAAAAGGCUCGCUGAGACGCUAUGUCCAUCCAACGGUAGCUCAUCCUUCUCCGGAUCCAACGGCUCUGGCUCCGGUGCCGGAUCAAGCAGCGACAAGCCAGCAGCAUCAGACAUCUCGCACCUCAUCAAGAGGAAACGGAAGAAUAGCGAGGAAACAGCAUCGCCGGCGAAGAGACUGAACGCGUGAAACGUUGAAUAAGCAUAGUAUGUAAGUGUAUAACUAUAGACAUAUACCCACUUAUUAAUAGAUAUUUAUACAGCGAAUAGUACAAGGUUUUGUCUUUGAACGGGGAACAACAGUACCAUCGAAGAAAUUAAUUCAUAGGCUGUUGACCCACGUCAUUUGGUU